AUGGACAAGGCCAAGGAGAGUGUGUACAUGCCCGUGCGAGAUGAUGACGACGAGCUGCCUCUGAGAGUAUUUCGAUCGCACAUCACUCCAAAGUUCAAAUGGUUUUGGGCUCUGUUGGUCCUGGAAGGAAUGCAUCUAGUUUUGAUUCUAGGAGGAUACGCCUUGUAUUCGCUGGUACGAUACCAAACUCAAGACAAUGAGCUGUCGAGAACAUACAUGCAUGGUCUAAAUACUUACUUUGAUCUCAUGAAAUUUGACACCGUUAAGGACUUUUAUGGCGAUUCCAGCCUUAUGAGUCGAACUGCAGAAUCGGAUGCUCUGUUUGCACAUAUUCAGAAAACGGAUGGGGUUGUAGCGAUUGAUACAGAAUGGGCUCUCAAACACAACUUGUCUCCUUCUCGCCUCCAUCCAGAAGAUCCAACUAAGAGUAUCUAUCAAAUCGAUAUGUUUCAUUCCAUGCAUUGCGUGUACCGUCUUCGAAAUAUGCUGACUUCAAAGUUAUCACUUGAGGCAUGGCCACGCAAUGAUGACCAUACUCUCCAUUGCCUCGAUUACAUCAGAGAACAAUUGAUGUGCAGUCCUGAUUUACUACUACAAGGGACUGUUAAUCUCAUACACUUCAACAUCAGCAAAGGCCACACUUGUCGAAAUAGCGAAAUGAUUACUGAUUGGGCAAAAUCACAUCAUUGGGAAGGUCAUCGUCAAUUUCUUAUUGAUACUGUUGGUAUUCAAUAG